UAAAAUUCCAAUGGCCAAAGUAAGGAUACCAAAACAAAAGGUAAUUCUAUGCGGUGAAUAUGGUGUAGGAAAAAGUUCUUUGUUUCGGCGUUUCACCAAUAAUACCUUCAUAACCAAUACGGAUCGAAAAUCGACAUUGGGUUUGGAUCACAUCGAAAAGGAUUAUCGGGUGGAUGAUAAACAAAUUAAGCUCCAGUUAUGGGAUACCGGUGGUAUGGAACGUGUGGCCUCUGUCACCUCAUCGUAUUAUAAAUUUGCCGAGGGUGCUAUACUGGUCUUUGCAUUAGAUAAUGCCGCAUCCUUUCACUCCUUGUCACAGCAUCUCCUCGAUAUUGUUACCUAUGCGGAGAAUGCUAAAAUAUUUAUAUGCGGAAAUAAAUCCGAUUUAGAGGGUCGUGAACCUGAGGUGAGUGAUGCCGACGUGGAGGCAUUCUGUGAACAAUGCCAUAGUCUUAUAAGUGCCACAUAUAAAACAUCCUGUAAAACCGGUGAAGGUAUUGAGGAAAUGUUCCAAGAUAUUUCUCGAAUAUUGGUCGAAUCGAAUCGUUCGAAAAUGGAUCUGCAGGCCAGUAUGGAACAGCACGGAUUUCAAAUAGUUGCCGGACAAGUGGAACUUGUCAAUGCUGUUGCCGAUGAUGCAGAUGAUAGUACGAAUUGUGUUUGCUAGCAAAUGGCUGAUUUGGAGUUUGGUU